CGAGCCCCGGGCUGCGUGCGACCCACGGACCGGUAGUGCCUCGGCGAGUGCCGGCAGGACCUCACGCCCCUCUCCCGCCAAAUGCAGGCCGUCGCCCUCCCCGAGGAGAUCCGUUGGCUCCUGGAAGAUACUGAAGAUUUCCUUGCAGAAGGUUUGCGGAAUGAGAGCCUCAGUGCUGUUGCAAGAGACCAUAAGGACCAUAUUCUCCGGGGCUUUCAGCAACUCAAAGCCAGGUACUGUUGGGAUUUUCAACUCCAAGGAGGUGACACUGGUCAGGACAGCUCUGAUGACAACCUCAGUGGGACUCAUGGCCUACCUAUCACAUCAGAUGCAUCAUUUUGGUCAGAUUAUCAGGAUGAGGGAGUGGACGACGUCCUAAGAGGAGCUCAAGAGCUUGAGAACAUCAUCAAGCAAGGCUACUUGGAGAAGAAAAGCAAAGAUCGUGGGCUCUUUGGGUCGGAGUGGCAGAAGCGGUGGUGUGUCAUCAGCAGAGGCUUUUUCUGCUACUACGCUAAUGAGAAAAGCAAGCAGCCCAAAGGAACCUUCCUCAUUAAGGGCUACAGUGUCCGGAUGGCCCCCCACCUGCGAAGAGACUCCAAGAAAGAAGCCUGCUUUGAACUGACCUCCCAGGAUAGGCGCAGCUAUGAGUUUACAGCUCCAAGUCCAGCUGAAGCCAGAGACUGGGUGGAUCAAAUAAAGUUCUUGCUAAAGGAUCUUAGCUCCUUAACCAUUCCCUGUGAAGAGGAAGAAGAGGACGAAGAGGAGAAGGAUGGAGAGGAAGAGAUGUAUGAUGAUAUUGAUGGCUUUGACUCCCCAAAUUCUGGCUCCCAGUGCAGACCCAUGGUCUUACCUGGAAGCGUGGGGGUAAAAGAGCCUCCAGAAAAGGAAGAGGACAUUUAUGAAGUCCUACCAGAUGAAGAGAAUGACCUAGAAGAGGAGGAACGUGGCAGGCGACAACGAGGAGUGGACUAUGCCAAUUAUUACCAGGGCCUGUGGGAUUGCCAUGGUGACCAGCCAGAUGAACUGUCUUUCCAACGGGGUGACCUCAUCCGCAUUCUGAGCAAGGAAUUUAACAGGUACGGCUGGUGGGUAGGAGAACUGAACAGCCUCGUUGGAAUUGUCCCAAGGGAGUACCUCACCACCGCCUUUGAAGUAGAAGAAAGAUGAAGCUCAGGAAACAUAUUCUUCUCUCUGGCCCCUCUUUAUUCAGAAAAAGCAUCGACAGCUGCUGUUCUCUUCCUCUGGACACGGACUCCGUUACUCAGACAAGUGCGAAGAAGAUGGUGCACCAAACCUAUCGCUAAGCCUCGCUCCUCCUGGCUUCCAACCAGGUCCGCACACCCACAUCUGCUGCUUCCACAGGCUCAUGACAAAGAAGGCGGUGGGGAAGGAGAGUUGGAAGGAGCUCUGUUGCUGAUAGUGGCUGGCUUGCAAGGCACAAAUAAACUUUACCUUUGCUUCUUU